GGCCCUUCUCCUGUUUCAGUAUUUAAAAUAUAUCAAUGUGGGGUUUGUUAAGGAGAUUACAGGUAGGUUUUUUAAAAAUAGCGAGGACGUGUUCAUGAAUUUAUUCUAACAGGACCGUUAAAAACAGCAAACUGUCUCGCUGAAGUAAGAAGAACAGGGAGGCUUUAAUAGCAUGGAGACAGAGGAAGUAUCAGCUGAGGUACCUGCAGAACCAACAAACGAGGUCAAAGAGGCAAAUACACAGGAAAGCAAAGAGUCCACAGCAAACACAGACAUUCAGGACUAUGUCACAGAAGAAAACAAAGAGGGAGGUGUAACCGAAACAGAAGGGGAGCCUUCCAAAGACAUCGACAAACCACCUUGUGACUGGUUGGAGCCACUCGAAGAAGACUGUGAUGAUGUUGAUUCUCAGAGCUUUGAUGGAGAAGUAGAGAGCCUUGUGGGGAGUGAACGGAGUGGGAGUGUGGUCAGUAUUAGGAAAACCGCUGGACAAAGAAGUGGCAGAGGUGUUGGGAGACCUAGAAAGAGAACACAGUUUGAGGCAGAUGAAGGCUGGGAAGAUUGUCCAUCACUAGGAGAAGGAUGGAAACGCAAACUGGUUUUUCGUCGAUCAGGCACCAGUGAAGGACGCAGUGAUACAUACUAUAUGAGUCCAAGAGGUCAUAAAGUAAGAAGUAGGGUUGAGCUUGUGAAACAUGUAAAGCAAUCUGUGGACCUCACAAAUUUUAAUUUUAAAACGGGCCAGUUUAUUGGUGAAGGGCUUCACUGGAGAAAGAGAAGGAAACUGGAUUCUCUCCAGGCAAACUCUUCUGUACCCAGUUUAACAGAUGCAGGUCCUGCGGCCGGAAGUCCAGCAUCUUCAACUAGUCUCAGCCUUGGUACAGUUCCGAUGUCGAGCUCGUAUUCGAUCCAAAAGGAUACUGGUCCUGAGACAAAUACUGCUUUACCAAGUACCACCACUCACCCUAUUGAUGAUUUGAUUGAAGAUUCUGCACAUUCAAAUCCUCCUCCGUUGGGCAGUUCAGUGUCUGCGGCCCCAGUUAGAACCAUCAAUGGUGCCAGUGGAGAGCCACAAAACAUGUUUUGUGUCUGCGAAAAGUGUCAUAAAACCUAUACUUUUGAAGAGGGACAAACUAUGUGCCAGAACUGCAGGCCAGAGGGUAACACAAGUUUAGCAAUAAUAAGACGCAGAAAACCCUACAAAAAGCGGUUUCCAUGUGGCCGAUGCCGGGCUUGCAGAAAUACAGUGGACUGUGGAAAAUGUGUUAGUUGCAAAAAUGGUCUGCUACGCCUUCGACUCAAUAAAAACUCUCGUAAAGUCGUUAAAUGUCGCAAACGGAAGUGUUUGCACCCCAAGCGUAGGGACAGGGUUGUAAAGACAUCAGAGUGGCAGUUUUCCAACAUGGCUGAAUCGCUAAGCACCGCUUCAAAUAUUUCACAGCCCACAGUCUCAGAUGAUUUUGAGGAAUCACAGAGCUCCUAUCUGCAGUACAGUGACUCAGAGGACCUGUCUGUGUUCUUUGGGGGUAAUGAUGGUGACAGUGGCCUGGAUGAGAUGGGUGUACCAAAGGUACGUCGUCGUUCAUGUGGGAAGUGUAAAGGCUGCGUUCUCCGUACAGACUGUGGAAGCUGUGAUUUUUGCAUGGACAAACCCAAGUUUGGAGGCAGCAAUAAAAAAAGACAGAAAUGCCGUUUACGGCAGUGCCAAAGAGAGGCUAUGAAGCAUUUGCUGCCCAUGGAUGAGGCGGAGAUGUUAUUUUCUCAGGGCUGGGUUCCCCGCAGAAGGCCUCGUUACACAUAUGGACAUAAUAGAAACAGGUCCAAAAAGUUAUCAUAUUUGAAUUUCGGGGUUCCUGCUAAUAAGGCUGAAGCGUAUGUGCCAAAGGCUUCCUUGGGUGUUGCCCAGGUGGUGAAUCGAGAUAGGCUCCUUCAUCCCAAUUUUAAUGGAAAGCGACCAGAUGUUCUUCCUAUGGCAAUUCCAAUAAACUAUGCUGGGACAAGUUUGAGGGAAGGGAAUCAACCACAAGGUUCAGCAGGUCAGGAACCUUAUCAAGAAGAGCAACAGGAGGACGUAUCUUGUCCGUCGAUCACUCAGAUAUUUAGCAUGGCAGACAGUGACCCCAUGAUCCAAGGCAUCGACAGCAAUCAUGAACUGAUGCCUCUCCUGAGAUCUCUUCGUAGCAUUGUACUUCCUGUCCUCUGGUUCUGCGUGGUGGUGGAUGGCCCUCGGUUACAGCUGAUACAGUGCUCCAAGCGCUCCACUAUGGCAGACACUACGAUUCAUAUUGAGCCCAGCUUCCACUACCACAUCAGCAUCCAGGGACAGCCUCUCCUGCCCACUCACAGACUCUACGACAGCCACCCGUCUCGUCUCACCACAACUAAAGAGAUUGUUGCCCUCCUCGAGGACCUAGAAAGGUACUGGGUCUGCCAGGGCUUGGGAAACAAGAAUUCAAGAAAAGGGUCCGAGGCUGUGUUUCCUGAGCGGGCGGCUACCUGUGACUUCCUCGUUUUUUCAGAAACAGAAUGCUGUGAAAAAUGCAAAGCUCUACGAAGGGUAUAAAGAGACUAUUCAGCAAAAGGGAGUUAGUCUUCAAGUAAUACAUCUCCUAUUUCUGAUUUUGAACUAUUCUAGAAUAUCUUUAUACUCUAAUAUUGAAAUAUUAGAGCACCAUUAAUUGUUAUUAUUAUUGUUAUUAUUUUUCUUUAGAAGGAUGGUACCAUUACAUUGACAGCUUAAUAAUUUUUUGGUUACAUUAAACCACAAAAACAUCACUUCCCACAUUAACAGGUUGGUUCAGCCCUGGAUUUGUUAUAAUGCAGAAUUCCGUUUCUUUCUUUUUGGACAAAAAAUGAACAGCACCAGGUUAAAUAAAUAAUGACUUAAUUUCUGUAUUUUUAUUUGAACUAUCCCUCGAGUGAUUGACCACUAAACAUAAAGAUGUUUUUCGACCCUAGAGUAUGUGACACAAUUUGGUACCUACUGUGGCUAAGGAUGCACACUGAAUCGCGGUCCUAUCAAUGUAGGUAGUGAAUGGGCAUGUUUUAAUCAAUGAAACAUUCAGCAGUUUAACUGUACAUCUUGCCUUGCACUAAAGUUGUAAUAGUGCUUCACAUCCAGUGUAGAUUAAUUCCUCACACCAAUGAUAUCUUUAUAUGUGUUAAUGCUUAUGUACUUCUCAGGGGGAUUUUUCAGAAUGCAUUAAUCAGAUGGAAGAUCCAUGUUUGUUAAAAGAUUUAAUAUUUGCUGUAUGAUAUGGGAUGAGGCUGCUAUCAUUUUGGAUAGACAAUUUUGUACAUGGUGCAAGUGGUGGCAGAGAAAUCAGAUAAAAAUAUAGAGAAUGUUUUGUUUUUUUGUCCUUUGCUAUUCGUAAUUUCUGUUUUCUUCAUUACAAAACUCUUUGAAUUUUUGUAUAUGCUUUUCAUAUAAAUAAUCUGAAUUCUGUUUAUUUAAUAAAUCAUAUUAUCUGUUGGA